AUGAGGAUCUCUCACAUCCAAGGUCGCCUUGAACAGCAACAUUCUUUAAGCACGCUCAUUGUUCGAUCUUUAGAAAGCUUCACUCAAAUUCCAACAAUUGAACUCACAUCUCGUCUUAGCCCUUCUGAACAAGAACUCAUACGAAAUCAUCCUUACUUUACUGACAAUAUCCACUCUACGACUUACGAACGUUAUUUAGAGUGUGUUGACAGAAUGAACGCUCAUCUUGAUUCAGAGGAACAAUUGAAAGAAGGAUUUAUUCUCAUCAAUCAUCAUCAGAAAUAUUACGCUCAGUUCUGUAGAAAAACUGCAAUAUCUAAAGGCCAGCUUGACAGGAACUGCCUCUCAUUUACUGAAGAAUACGUCAUUAACAGCAGACAACUUUCAAAGGCCUGGGACGAUCUUAUCUCCUUCUAUGAAAACAAACGCCUCUUAGUCAACGCUGCCAUACAAGCAUUACUAUCGUUGAGAAGAAUGACAAGGGAAUCAGCAACGGAUCUUGAAUACUUAUAUACCAAUCUCAUGCAAAUCUUCCGAACGUUAGAGACGUUACAACGACCUGUGGACAAAUGGGAUGAUUUCCUUGUAUUUUUAGCAGUGCAACGCCUAGACUCUGACUCUGUUAAGGCGUGGGAACAACAUCUAGGCUCUGCCAAGGAACCGCCUACGUGGAAACAGUUUUGUGAAUUUUUAGUCACACGAUUACUCUCCUUGCAAGCCUUUGAAAAAUCUCGCGGUAUCAAGGUUACAACGAAAGCGCAACAAAACACCUUUAAAUCACAUUUUCAAGCUAAAAAUUCAGACAUCGGUGACACGUCUUCUUCUUCGUGUAUUAUAUGUUCUUCCAAGCACUAUCUCGCUAAAUGUCCACAGUAUAUAUCAAAGACCACUCAACAACGCUACUCAAUCCUCACAAAGCACGGGCGCUGUUACAACUGUUUGGGAGCUCAUCGAGUGUCAGACUGUCAUUCAACUAAACGGUGCAUAAAGUGUGGUCGAAAACAUCAUACCACUAUUCAUAAACAACCCAGUUUAGAUAAACAGGUUGACUCAACAAAAGCGACCACACCACAGGAGACUGUAACAAAAUCUAGUUCUUCUCAGGUCUUACAUUUGAAUAUUAAUUCAACUCAUGCUACCUCAUGUGUGUUGCUAGCAACAGCUCAGGUUGUCAUCAUCAACCAGAAAGGAAGUACCUUACAGAUCAGAGCAUUGAUUGAUCAAGGCUCGGAAAUUACGUUAAUAACCGAAAGAGUAGCCCAGAAUUUAAAGCUUUCUAGGUCACAUUCAUGGAUUCCCUUGGUAGAGUUGGAGGACACUCGUCUUGUAAAACCCGUGGCGUCACAUUCGUUCAAGAUUGCUGCUAUUUAUGAGAACUCGGAAACACUUGAAGUAUCCGCACAUAUUCUACCCAAGCUUACCAACUCAAUUCCUUCAGUGUCAAUUGAUAUGCAUCAAUGGCAACAUCUUAUUGGAUUAACUCUGGCAGAUCCUCACUUUCUACAACCAUUAGCUGUUGAUAUGAUAAUUGGAGCUGAUGUAUACCACCAGAUCAUCCGUGAGGGGUUAAAGAAAGGACCUAUUGACUCUCCUAUCGCACAGCUUACUGCCUUUGGGUGGAUUAUCUCUGGCCCGACCUCGGCGAAUCGAACAUCACUAUUGACCAAUAGUUACCAUGCCUCUAUGGAUCAACAAUUGUUUGAUGUUCUCCGUAAGUUUUGGGAACAACAGGAGGUAUGUAUUAACAAGAGUUCCUCCCUAUCCCCGGAAGAGCAAGCCUGCGAGAAACACUUUCAAGACACACACUCAAGAGACCCACAAGGUCGUUACGUGGUAAGCUUACCGUUUAAGAGGUCUGCUAAAGAGUUAGGUCCGCUAAAUUCACGACACAAAGCAGCACGUAUGUUGACAUCUCUAUGGAAUAAAUUUAACUCAGAUACAAUUUAUGCUCAAGCUUAUUCAAAAUUCAUGACUGAAUAUAAAGAUCUACAUCACAUGAGGUUGAUAGACGAUAUUCAACCUGAACCUCAACCCAACUUUUACUUACCUCAUCACGGCGUAUGGAAAGAAAACAGUACGACUACUAAGCUUAGAGUUGUCUUUAAUGGAUCUAGCCGUACAACUUCAAGACUUUCGCUCAAUGACAUUCUUCACACCGGUCCUAAAUUGCAACUCGAAUUACUAGAUAUAUCGAAAAGAUGUAUCGCCAGAUCAAUAUCCAUCCAAAGGACUGGAAAUACCAGCGAGUAUUAUGGGUCAACGUCUGAAGAUCAUGUUGAUACAUACGAAUUGACAACGGUAACGUACGGCCUGGCGUGCGCUCCAUACUUAGCACUCCGUACAAUCCUACAACUGGUGGAAGAUGAGAAAAUGAAUUAUCCUCUCGCCAUUCCUUGUCUCACUAAGGGCAGAUAUGUGGACGACGUUUUUGGAGGAGCAGAGUCAAUUGAAGCAUUGAAAGCACAAGUCGUACAAUUAAAUCAACUAUGCUUGGCAGGCGGAUUUCAAUUGCAGAAAUGGACAAGUAAUCUGGAUUCAAUACUUGAUUCACUACCACGAGGUAUACGAGAUGAUGGAUCAUCCAAGUUCAUCGAUCGAACCUCUUGUGUUCAAGUUCUUGGAUUAAAUUGGCAUCCACAAUCUGAUACGUUUCAUUUUAUCCUCAACCCUCCAACAAGUCAUUCCAUUACUAAACGAGCUGUAUUGUCUCUUAUAGCAAAGUUAUUCGACCCACUCGGAUUAUUAUCACCUAUCAUUAUCAAGGCUAAAAUUCUUAUACAAGAAUUAUGGACUCAAAGGUUAGACUGGGAUGAUCCGUUACCAACGCAGUUUGCCGACAAAUGGGAGACAUUUUUAAGCGAAUUAUCAGACAUUAAUCUCAUUCAUAUUCCACGAUGGAUUGGAAGUAAGCCAGAGCAGCAGAUCCAGAUUCAUGGCUUCUGCGAUGCUUCUCAGCAGGCAUUUGCGGCGUCGGUUUAUCUCCGAACAACUAAUGCAGAAACAAAAUCCACUGCCAUGUUGAUCGUAUCAAAAACUAAAGUCGCACCAUUAAAGAGACUGACCAUACCAAGAUUAGAAUUAUCUGGUGCAGUAUUACUCACUAAAUUAGUCUCUCAUAUUCUAUCAGUUUUAGAUCUCAAAGGAGUCUCAGUAUUUCUCUGGACGGAUUCUUCAGUAACGUUAACGUGGAUAAAUGGAUCUGCAUCAAAGUGGACAGAUUUCGUUCACAACAGAGUAGUCUAUAUCCAAGAAACUCUACUACAAGCAAGGUGGAGAUUUGUAUCUGGAAAAGAGAACCCAGCCGAUAUUGCUACGAGAGGAGUGUCUCCGUCACAGCUGAACAAAUUCACAUGCUGGUGGGAAGGACCCACGUGGCUGUCUCAAUCCCCCGACACUUGGCCUGUUGAUUCUGACACCGUUUCGACAUCAGACAAUUUAGAAGAGCGUCCAGCUCAAAUUACCACAGUAACAUCAGGUCAGAUUUCACAUCCGUGGGAUUUAUUGGCACGAUAUUCAGAUCUCAAGAAGUUGCUACGCAUAACAGCUAUGUGUAUGAGAGCCGCAGAGCGAUUUAGACAGUCAGUUUCACUGACAAAUCCAUUAACUGUUUGUGAGAUUGACAAAGCAAGGAUGUUUUGGAUUAAACAUAUUCAACAAAUAUACUUCAAACAGGAAAUUAGCGUUCUCUCAGGAGGCGCUACUUUACCCAAGUCCAGUCCAUUGACUCGUCUUACACCCUUUUUAGAUGCAAAUGACCUUCUACGAACAGGGGGACGUCUUCAACAUUCAAGUUUACCUGAAGAUUCUAAGCACCUACUAAUAUUACCCAAACAGUCUCUCUUUACUGUUUUAAUUAUCUCAGAUGCACAUUUGAAAACCCUACAUGGAGGGACGCAAAUUACUUUAACACAUCUACGACAAAAUUAUUGGAUAGUAGGAGGUACAGGCAAAAACGAGCACAGCAGAUUAUGGGCCAACUUCCAGAAAAAAAGAGUCAAUCCUACCAUACGUCCAUUCUUCAAUUCUGGUGUUGACUAUGCAGGCCCAUUUUCUAUCAAGACUUGGAAAGGAAAAAAUGCACGACAGUACAAAGCCUAUAUAGCCGUAUUUGUGUGCUACUCAACCUCUGCUUCUCACCUUGAAUUAGUGACAGAUUAUUCUUCAGACGCCUUCAUUGCGGCGUAUAAACGUUUCGCAGCUAGACGCGGUAUAUGUGCAACACUCUCCAGUGAUUGCGGCACCAAUUUGAUGGGCGCUGAUAAAGAGCUACGAAACCUAUUUUCGGCCUCUUCGAAAGAGUCAGACAAGUUAUUGACCUUACUCGCAAAUGAUGGCACACAAUGGAUUUUUAAUCCACCAAGCGCUCCCCAUUUUGGAGGAAAAUGGGAGGCGACAGUCAAAUCAGUUAAGCAUCAUCUCAAACGCAUUGUGGGCAAUCAGUUACUCACGUACGAAGAGAUGACUACGUUGCUAUCACAAAUCGAGGCAGUUCUCAAUUCGAGACCCUUGAGUCCGCUUUCAGAUGAUCCUGAGGAUCUUUCAGCUUUGACACCAGGCCAUUUUUUGGUGGGAGGUGCUCCCACAAUUAUACCUGAACCUAUGCUAAACAAUGUUAACUGUUCUAGGUUGUCAAGAUGGCAGUUACUUAAACAAAUGUUGGACACGUUCUGGUCACGUUGGUCGCAGGAAUGUCUCCAAAGAUUUCAUGAUGUAUCUAAAUGGAACAAGCCAGUACCAUCUCUGAAAAAAGAUUCACUUGUUCUGGUUGUGGAUGAACGGUAUCCGCCAGCUAAGUGGCCUCUCGGCCGAGUUAUAGACGUUCAUCCUGGCGCAGAUGGGCAUGUCAGAGUUGUUACAGUUCGCACUCAGACAUCUGUUCUCAAACGUCCUAUCGUAAAACUGUGCCCAUUACCUAUCGAACGAACAGAUUCAUGA